GUUUCUCAAUCGGGCCGCCUUACUAAAUGGUUUUUCUGCAGUCAUUCAAAACGGCUGCACGGAGGGGGCGUGGUUACAGUCUCACUGACUGAAGCACCGCUGCUCGCGACAACAGUCAGCUGGGGAGAGACAGGCGUUUGCGCGCGCACGUGCCGACCAACCGGGAAGCGAAGCGAAGCGCAAGCUGAGCAAGACCCCGUACAACAGUACAAAGUCGAGGAGAUUUCUACCCACUACAUCCAUUCCGUCCCCAUCAUGGCCGACCCAGAGGCUGCGGAGGGCGAGGGGGGCGCGCGAGGCUUCGCCAGGCAGGGCGCGCUGAGGCAGAAGAACGUGCACGAAGUGAAGGACCACAAGUUCAUCGCGCGCUUCUUCAAACAACCGACCUUCUGCAGCCACUGCACCGACUUCAUCUGGGGUUUCGGCAAGCAGGGCUUCCAGUGUCAAGUGUGCGGUUUCGUGGUCCACAAACGCUGCCAUGAGUUUGUUACUUUUUCAUGCCCUGGGGCCGACAAGGGCCCCGCAUCAGAUGACCCUCGAAGUAAGCAUAAGUUCAAGGUACACACAUACUCCAGCCCCACAUUCUGUGACCACUGUGGUUCUCUACUGUAUGGGCUCAUACACCAGGGGAUGAAAUGCGACACUUGUAUGAUGAAUAUUCAUAAACGAUGCGUGGAGAAUGUUCCCAGCCUGUGUGGAACAGACCACACCGAGAGGAGAGGACGGCUGCAAAUCAUUGCUAGUAUCACAAAUAAUGUUCUCACCGUGACCAUCAAGGAAGCUCGUAACUUGGUGCCAAUGGAUCCAAACGGACUGUCGGAUCCAUACGUGAAGCUUAAACUAAUUCCAGACCCAAAGAGCGAGAGCAAGCAGAAGACCAAAACCAUCAAGUGCUCCCUCAAUCCUACCUGGGACGAACACUUCAGCUUUAACCUCAAAGAUACAGAUAAAGACAGGCGUCUGUCAGUGGAGGUGUGGGAUUGGGAUCUGACCAGCAGAAAUGACUUCAUGGGGUCCAUGUCUUUUGGCAUCUCUGAGCUGCUGAAACAAGGAGUCGACGGAUGGUUUAAAUUGCUGGGCCAAGAGGAAGGGGAGUAUUUCAACGUUCCAGUUCCACCAGACGGAGAGGAGGGCAAUGAAGAACUGCGGCAGAAAUUUGAGAGAGCCAAGAUUGGCCCUGGCACUAAGAAUACAGAUGGCUCUUCAAAGAAUGACAUCUCCAAGUACGAUGCCAAUGGCAACCAAGACCGCGUCAAGCUCUCAGACUUCAACUUCAUCAUGGUGCUGGGCAAAGGCAGCUUUGGCAAGGUGAUGCUGGCCGAGUGCAAGGGCUCCGAUGAGCUGUACGCAGUCAAGAUCCUGAAGAAGGAUGUGGUCAUUCAGGAUGAUGAUGUGGAGUGCACCAUGGUGGAGAAGAGGGUUCUCGCUCUCUCUGGCAAACCACCCUUCCUCACCCAGCUCCACUCGUGCUUUCAGACCAUGGACCGUCUUUACUUUGUGAUGGAGUAUAUCAACGGCGGAGAUUUGAUGUAUCAGAUACAACAAGUGGGAAAAUUUAAGGAACCCCAUGCUGUGUUCUAUGCUGCAGAAAUUGCCAUCGGCUUGUUCUUUCUUCAUUCAAAGGGCAUUAUUUACAGAGAUCUGAAGCUGGAUAAUGUGAUGUUGGACGCUGAAGGCCACAUUAAAAUUGCAGAUUAUGGCAUGUGCAAGGAGAACAUGUUUGAUGGGGCCACAACCAAAACCUUCUGUGGCACUCCAGAUUACAUUGCCCCAGAGAUCAUUGCAUAUCAGCCGUAUGGCAGGUCUGUCGACUGGUGGGCUUAUGGAGUUCUCCUCUAUGAAAUGCUGGCUGGACAGCCACCUUUUGAUGGUGAGGAUGAAGAUGAGCUUUUCCAGUCCAUCAUGGAGCAUCAUGUGUCUUACCCCAAAUCCAUGUCCAAAGAAGCAGUGGCUAUAUGCAAAGGGCUGAUGACCAAGCAUCCAGGGAAGCGUCUGGGCUGUGGACCGGAGGGAGAGCGAGACAUUAAGGAACAUGCUUUCUUCCGCUACAUGGACUGGGAAAAACUACAAAAUAAAGAAGUUCAACCUCCCUUCAAACCUAAAGCAAAAAAUCGUCGUGACGUGGGUAAUUUUGACAAGGAGUUCACCAAGAUGCCGGUUGAGCUGACACCAACAGAUAAACUCUUCAUUAUGAAUCUGGACCAAAAUGAAUUCCAAGGCUUCUCCUACACCAACCCUGAGUUUGUCAUUCAGGUUUAACACCAAACUCCAGUUGAUUGCUCCAUACAGGUGUGAGAGCAGGACUCGCUCGCUCUUAUUACCCAGAAAGCAUUGUUUUGUCCCUGUGCCAUCUUGAUUGUCCUCUCUCUUCACCUGAAACAGCACAAACCCAGCAGGUUCAUACAGAACCAAACCAGGACUAUCCUCAGUCUCAACCAAGGCCUCAGAAACACUGAAAUGAAUUCGCCAGAGGAGAGAGAACGGUUAUGAAAGAGUGUAUUCAUAGUCUCCAUGAGAAUGUCUUCUGUUUUCAUCUCCAUGAGAAUUAUCCUACCUCUUUCUUUUAUACAUUCUCUCCAUAGAUUCAGUCAGCUUUUUCCUGCAGCCCCUCAUUUCCAAAUGAAUUAGCCUGACAACACUAAUGAGCUCAUUAGGCCUUCCGCAACCUUGAACCGUUUAAGUUACAAUCUGCUCUAAAUUAGUGAAGCACUUUGGUAUAAAGUUGAGUUCCUGUGCAUCAGUGAGUGAUAGAUAAGCACUUCUUGCUAGAUGUUUGUUUAAAUGGUUGAUAUCUGUCAGCUUGGUCUGAGAUUCUCAGCAUUACAGCUAAACACAUCCAUAUGGCCUUUAGUUUGCUCCCGGCAAAAUGGCUUCUUUGUGUCAUGAUAACUUAAGGGGGAAAACAUAAGACAACAGAGUCGAUUUAUGAAUUGGCUAAAGAUUUGAAAAUCAUAAUUUUACAUGAAAAUGGUUUACAUUUGUGGUCCCAGAAAUAUGUUGAUUGUUUCCCUUCAUUGCUGAUCAGUUUGAAUCUGUGCUAAAACAGUCUUAAAUCAAUUAAUGAGCUUAACUGUGAGAGCCUCAUAUUGAUUUUUUCUGGGAAUUUGGUGCUCUUGAUAUUAUGAUAGUCAUAUUUAGUCAUAUUUAUUAGAUAAUUAUAACACAAGUCAUAAUUAUGACAUAAAAAGUCAUUUAUGAGAAGAAAAUCUGUCAUCAUUUGAACUUGUUUCAUUUUUCAAAUCUUACAAAUUCACAUUUUCAAAAGUAAUGACUUUUUGUAAUUAUGUCAGAAUUUUGACUUUGAUUUAUGAAUUUUCUCAUAAGUCUCAAUUUCAACUUUUUAUGUCUGAGUGACUUAGUGCUCCAAUUUUGAUGUGAAAUCAUGUCAUAAUUCAUUACCAAAACAUGAUUCUUCCUUAUGUGAUGGAAUAGGUUUUUUAAAUAAAAGUUGGCAAAAUGCCCAUUUUAGGGUUAAAACCCAUUUGAGAGGGAAACCUUCUGCAAGCAUGACACAAAGAGAAUAACAUGAAAUAAAAUAUGCUUACAAAAAAAUUAUCAUAUGACAAUACAGUGAAUAUGAUGAGAAUUACAAAUACUGAAUGGAAAAUGUUAGAAUGCACUUUCAACCUUAACUGUGUUUAAAGCAUCGAGUUUCACCAUUUUCUUUUUGAACUUUUGUCAAGUGCAUGCGGUUGCAAUCCUUGCUAAAGUGUGUUAGUGCUGUUUACUGAACUGGCAUCAGGGGUUGUUCCAUGCAUAUCACUGGCUGCAGAGAAUGUGAUUCGUUCUGUAUGAGCUGAAGAACUACAACAUUAGCUACUGUACCAAUUUUGACCGAAACCCUAAUGUGCCAUAUAUUUUUGUGGGGGAAUCUGCAGUGUUUGGGGAGCUCGUUAUGUGCAAUGUGUCUGUGUUAAACAGACUCCACAAGGAGUUUUAGUCUACCCUAUGCAUGCCUGGUAGAGCCCUUGCUCUUUAACUCGGUGUUAACUUAUUAACGAAGUGUGCCAGUAACGGUUGGAUCUGUUGUAGCAUAGAUCCUUUUAAGGGUUACGGUGUGUGAACAGUUCUAUUUGUUUAUGUUUUAUUUUGUAAUUAGAUAUACGAAAUAGAAAUAUAAGUAUUCUAGUCUUCCAAAUGAAAACACGUUGUGUGAACAUGUAAACAGUGAAAAGUUUAAUCAGCUUUUCCUGAGGUGAUAACUGGAAAAGUGGGGAUAAUGUAUAAAGAUAUUGUAAAAUAUUUAUUGUAUAGUGCAUAUGGAGGGUUAAAUGUUUGGUAAGACCAGUGGCCUGAACUACAAAGAUGUGAAAGCUGGAAAGAGAGAUUGAAAAGCUGUUAUUUUAAAGCAACUUUAUGUUUUGAAUAAUCUUGAAAUACAGUUUUAAAAUGCAUGUGCGUAACUGUAAAUGAAUGAUGUGGCCUUUACGCAAUCAAGGUAAUUGUCACACCUUAUUGUCACACUUUAAUAUUGUAAACCCUGGCCGUUAGUAGGCAGUUAUUAUUUUAGUUUUUCUAUCAUGUUUAAUGAUGAAGGCUUUUAAAGGGCUUCCUGCACAAGAAUCAACCGCCCCCCACCCCCAAAACAAG